ACCAAGAAGACCAAUAGAAAAGCGAAACAAAAUGUUUCAAUGCUACACUCACGGUGGAUUUAGGGGGAGAUAUUAUGAGGCUGGUGUCAUUAGGCGAUAGCUAUUGAAUCAUACAAUCUUUACUCGUCGUUUCUUUUUCUUGAUAAUUUUCUUUCUCUCUCAGGUCAUUCCAUGGUUUUCAGAUCCCCUUUAGAGCUUUAUCCCUCCCAUUUCUUCCUGCCAAACUUCGCUGAUCGCCCUGUGCUUUUGGCGAGCAGCACUCCUAGUACAAGGUCUCCAGAAGACUUGUCAAUGUUUGCGCUACCGACACUCAACUUCUCUCCGGAGCAAGUGGCGAGCGUCUGCGAGACGCUGGAGGAAACCGGAGACAUUGAACGGCUGGGACGAUUCCUGUGGUCCCUACCGGUGGCACCGGGAGCCUGCGAGCAGAUCAACAAGCAUGAGUCUAUCCUGCGAGCUCGCGCGGUGGUUGCUUUCCACACGGGGAAUUUCCGAGACCUGUACCACAUCUUGGAGAACCACAAGUUUACCAAGGAUUCCCAUGGCAAACUGCAGGCCAUGUGGCUGGAGUCACAUUACCAGGAGGCAGAAAAACUCCGCGGUCGCCCCUUAGGACCGGUUGACAAGUACAGGGUACGGAAGAAGUUUCCCCUGCCCAGGACCAUCUGGGACGGCGAGCAGAAGACGCACUGUUUCAAAGAGAGGACACGCAGCCUGUUAAGGGAGUGGUACCUUCAGGACCCAUACCCAAACCCCAGCAAGAAAAGGGAACUGGCUCAAGCCACUGGACUCACUCCUACACAGGUCGGAAAUUGGUUUAAAAACCGGAGGCAACGAGACAGAGCCGCGGCAGCAAAAAACAGGCUUCAGCACCAAGGAAUAGGACAGAACGGUAUGCGGUCCCUUUCAGAAUCCGGUUGUACUCCGCACAGCUCGGCGGAAUCGCCGUCGACCGCGGCCAGUCCUACUACCAGCAUCUCGAGUAUGACAGAGCGAGUUGACAAUGGAACGUCCAUUCUUUCAGUAACCUCCAGUGACUCCGAAUGCGACGUAUGAUAUAAAAAAAGAGAAAUAUUUGCAGGGAAUAUGGACCUAAAAAAACUAUGAAAUAUCUGGGAUGAAAAAAGGACCAAUUGAUAUAAAUAUUUAAAAAAAAAAAGAUUAAAGCACGUCUUUUUUAAGCGCUUUCAAUGGACCCACGCUUUCCCCUACCCCCCGCACCCACCCCCCACCACUACUUGCAUGAUGUUUUUUUUUUGUAUCUGGGGGAAAAUAUCCUGUUCGAUAUUUCUACGUGGAUCAUCGAGAGGAGGGAAUUACCAGAAGGUGUUUAUCACCUUUUCAUCUCUGUUUUAGUCCAAGUGAUGAUGCCCGCUCAGCCAAGAUGCAAUCCUGUUUUACUUUAUGUUCAUCAGACAAUCAUUUACGUCGUAAGCACCUUUUUACUACACUCCUGUCACUGCCUGUGUGGGGUACAUGGUCAAAUGUGGAACCGAAUCGUUAUGACUGUAUCAGAUUUUUAUUUUUAUUUCAAGAUUUUAUAUUGAAUUAUGUAGGCUUAUAUCUCAAAUAAUGCGAUCAUUCUCCCGGUCUGUAAUAGCCUAUAUGUGUAGAUAUGCUUGUACAUAAUAUUGCUCUCCCAUCUCCAUCCUCUUUUCUAUCCUUGUUCACUUUUAUUGACUUGGUGUUCCUACAUAAAAUAUUUGUCAAAACGUAAAAAGUGCUCUAGGCGUUUUGUUUGUUUGUUUUUAUACCUUAGGCUACAUGGGAUAAUUAAGGUAGAUAAACGUGUUAUCAGUCACAUUUAUGCAAAAUGAAUUUAAUAUAAACAUUGGAGUAUUCUUCAAACACAAUUUCAGUCAUAGCCUAUUUCCCCGUGCAUCGCUUAAAGCGCUUAUUAGCCUAUUCAAUGUUUCUUUCCCUUGCGUGUUUAUGUUAAUGUAUAUUUCUAAAUCAAAUACAGUAUUCCAUUUUCUUAUA